AUGGCAAACAAGUGGAAUAAGAAGAAGGAGCUACUCCUCCGGCUGCUGCUGGUCGCUUUUGCUACGCUGACCCUGCUGCUGGACGCGUCCCAGUCUCUGGAGUGCUAUACCUGCGACUCGGCCGAGGACUCGGAGUGCGCCACACGGCCAGGCCAGCAGCUGGAGGUGGAAGAGUGCGCGGCGGCCGGCGACGAGUGCGUCACUUCGAUCACGGCGGGUCUGACGCGUCGCGGCUGCCUGGCCCGGCUCCAUCCGAACGGCUAUUGCGCGGAGCCUUGCGAACGAUGCAACACGAGCCUCUGCAACCGACAUGUGUAUCCCACGGACCGUCUGCGCUGCUACCAGUGCACCGGAUCGGACUGCAUCGACGUGACGGCCAAACCGCAUCUGCUGUUGCCCUGCCCCGUCUACUGGGAAGGAGAUCGCUGCUACACCAACGUUGUCCACCUGUCCAACACGCAACGCGGCUGUGAGCACACCAACCUGCCCGACACCUGUCCGCACGUCUGCCUCAAGUGCAACUACAACGGCUGUAACGCGGAGCGCACCGUCACCGAGAGUCGCUGCCUCCAAUGCACCCACCAACGCCUGUCUCCCAAUCCUGACUGCCUGCGCAAGCAGGAGGCGCCAACGGAGGGCCAGCAGCCGCAACAGUGCUCCGUCAGCAACGAUACGGUUGCACAGUGCACCAACAAAGUGAUGUACGGCCACCGCGAGGGCUGCUACACGCACCUCAACACCCAGACGGAGGUGCUGCAGCGCGGCUGCUCCACCACCAUGGGCUUCUUCCCCACCGGAGAGCUGAGCCAGUGCUCCGGCGACUUCUGCAACGGCCAGUGCCAGGACAUUGUCUGCGCCGUGUGUAAUUCGACCAGCAAUCCGGGCUGCCGCUCCGGCCGUAACCUCCCCACGGAGAAGUGCGCCAAUGGUACCGUGGCCUGCUAUUCUUGCGAGCAAGAUACUGUCCUGCGACGUGGAUGCGCCGAUGCCGACUUCUCACCCUCCGACAACGGCGGCGAGAGGUGCCAGUUUUGCCGAAACAGCGAUGGGUGCAACAGGUGGUCCGUCCGCAGCUGCUACCGCUGCAACUCGCAGGAGCAGGACGAUGAUUGCGCGGCCAUGACCAACCCGGAGGCGAUGACCGUCAGCAAUUGCACGAAUCCGGUGGAGCUGUGCGUGAGCACAGUCAUCAGUCGCCUGGAUCUAGUAUACACGGUGCGAGGAUGUGCGGGCGAGGUUCCCGAGUGCAGUGCCAACGACCCGUACUGUGCCCGCUGCAACGGUAGCCUAUGCAACGCCGCUCCUACCCUAUGGACCGCAGAGCGGACGGCCCUGAUAGAGGAUCAUUGGAAUUGGCGGUCUUUGGUCAAGUAUUUGUGGUCCAGGAAGCUCUGACAUACGGAUUUUUCUUGAAUACAAAUUUGUUGUAUACAAUAUACGUAAAUGAAAAAUAUGUACAAUCAGAAAGAGUAAAAAUAAAGACGGAAGACGGUUGUUUGUGCUGAUUACAGGCUCACGGGCCACAAACCACUAGAGCCGCACAGAACGGGGGCGGAUGUUUGUGCAGAGAGUGGAGGAACGCCCCAAACACAGAUUAACAAACGAGCCAAUUGCGAUAUAGCCAACCGAUAUAACGUGUAUUCAAAUA